CAGCCGGGGCGACCACACCGCACAGGACCCGUCACUGCGGAGCAUCGCGAGGCUGACCUGGCCAGGCCACCUGCCCGGCCCUUCCCCACUCUUCCACCGGCCUCCCCGCGGCUCGGCCUGGCCCCGUGCGCACGUCUGCCUGGAGUGCCCUCGGCCUGCGGCCUCUUGAUCGGGUGUUUUCAUGGCACCGGUCGCUACGACAUUUGUUCAUUACCCAAGGCCCCUUCCAGCUUCUUUAAUUUUUUAGUAUGCGCGUCGUGUUGGCGGAUUUGCACCCGCCUAUUCCAGGCCCUGCUCGGGCGCACCCCGUCUCCGCACCCCCGCCCCUGCUUGGGUUUCAAGGCACAUCGCGGGUUCUGUUCGCUCUCCCAGCUGAUCCGCGGCAGGCACCGGACUCAGGAGCCCCACGACCCUGAGAACAGCACCCCACGGCCUCCGGGUCACCUCCGGCUCCGACACUCAGCCGCGCCCCGCGGGUCACUCUCACGUCCUCAGCCAGGCCUUCUCUGCCGACCCCCGUCCACUUCCCUUCUCCUGGGGCCAGCAAUCCCCGCACACCCUCCUCACUGCUGGCUGUGUUCACGGAGGGGCGAAGAGCCCGGAAAUGCCUGGCACUACGGUAACUAGUGAGGCCCUCUGUGCAUGGUUGCUGAGUGACUGCACGACCCCACACGAGGAGGCCGACGACACUGUCCCCGCGGUCCGGGUGAGGAAUCUGAGGUCGGACGCUGCCGUUCGCCUGGGACUUGAAGAGGCAGGACCGGGCCCAGGGGCUCCGAGGCCCAGCCAAGCGCAGGGGAACAAAGGGCCGGAGCAGCGGGAGAGGACCCGCCCGCGGCGGGAAGGGUCAGCUCCCAGGACGCGGGGGAGCCGCUGAUUCUGUAAAGGCUUCCAGAGCCAGGACGGAGACACCAGCUCCGAAGCUUCGGGACGGUGGCUUGCUCGGCACAUCUGCUUGUCUCAGGUCUCCCGAGGCCCUGGGCCCCGAAGGGUCGUCUCCUGCCGCUGACCCCCAUCAAACCCCAUCAUGCCCACAGCCCUGUGCCCCCGCGUGCUGGCCCCCCAGGAGAGCGAGGAGCCCCGGAAGAUGAGGAGCCCCCCUGGAGAGAAGGCUGGCCCACAGGGAGAGCCCCCCAGUCCGGAGUCCUCCCGCCGCCUGUUCCGCCGCUUCCGCUACCAGGAGGCGGCGGGGCCGAGAGAGGCACUGCGCCGGCUGUGGGACCUGUGCCGCGGGUGGCUGCGGCUGGAGCGCCACACCAAGGAGCAGAUCCUGGAGCUGCUGGUGCUGGAGCAGUUCCUGGCCAUCCUGCCACGGGAGGUGCAGGCCUGGGUGCGCGCCCAGGAGCCUGAGAGUGGCGAGCAGGCCGUGGCCGCUGUCGAGGCGCUGGAGCGGGAGCCCGGGAGGCCAUGGCAGUGGCGCAAGCACUGUGAGGACCCCGUGGUGAUUGACGACGGGGACGGCCCUCCCGACCUGGGCCAGGAGCAGGACCGGCUGCCCUUGGGUGUCCUGAGCGACCCUGCGAAGAGCCAGGAGGCCCAGCCCACGGCCCUGGCACCCAGCCUGGGCCAACUCAGCCGACCUCCCGGGCAGCUCUCGGAGGGCCCAGCUCCACAGGACGCGCGCCUGCUGGAGGAGGACGACGUGGGGGACGCGCAACAGGGGGCCACCUUGCCCCUGCCCCCGACCCGAGCGUCCCCGUUCAAGGACAUGAUCCUGUGCUUCUCUGAGGAGGACUGGUCCCUGCUUGACCCCGCGCAGACAGGCUUCUAUGGAGAGUUCAUCAUCGGCGAGGACUGCGGAGUCACGGUGCCCCCGGAUGACCCUGAGGGCCAGCCGGACCUCUCGCCAGCAGAGGACAGCGAGCCCCGGGUCCCAGAGCUGCCAGAGCUGCAGGGCAGGGAGGCACCCCAGGCCGCCUACUCUGACGUCCCUGGACUGCAGCCGUUCCCGAUGGAGGAGAGGAGCAGGUGGGAGGAGCUGCAGGUACCCGAGUUCCAGGCCUGCCAGGUGCCCGCGCUUGCUCAGAGCACCUGCCCAGCCGCGCCCAGCCCCGCAGCCCCGGAGGCCGGCCUGGAGGAGGAGGUGACCAUCGAGAUUGUGCUGUCCGGCUCCGGCGACGAGGACGAGCGCGGCGCAGGGGCGCGCGGGUCCCAGGCCAAGGCCUAUGUGUGCCCGCGCUGCGGCAAGGCCUUCCGCUGGCGGGUCAACUUCGUGCGCCACCUGCGCAGCAGCGACGGCGACGGCGCGGCCGGGCACCGCGGGACGCACGAGGUCCCCCGGCCGCACCGCUGCGGGGCCUGCGGGCGCAGCUUCAGGCUGGCGGCCCACCUGCUGGCGCACCGCCGCGCGCACCUGCGGCCGGGGGACAGGGACGCCAAGGACCCCUCGGACGCCAAGGACAGCGGGGGCCGGGACAGGCCAGGCGCGCGCCGCCGCGACCCCCCGCAGGACCGCGCACUGCGCUGCCGCUACUGCGCCAAGAGCUUCGGUCAGAACUGUGGGCUACUGCGGCACGAGCGCCUGCACAUGAAGCGCCGCUCCAAGCAGGCGCUCAAUUCCUACUGAGCGCGGCCGGCCGCCCUGCCAAGCCGAGCCACGAACCGCGCAGCGUCGGGGCCACCCACUCCGGCGGCGGCCCUGAGCUUCACGGGCCCGCCCAGGGCGCCCCAGGCCCCGCGAGAGGAGGGCGGACUCCGUGGCCGGGGUCGCCGGCUGGCCCUCUGCUUGCACCCUGACUGCCAGACCUGGAGGGCCCCGGCGCGGCAGGGCCAUCGAGUCCUGUCCCCGGGGCAGCCCGCAGCCUCCAGUCAUCAGCAGGCCAGCGCCAAAGUGGUGCCACAGUGGCUCCUCGGUGUGGAUAAAAGACAGCUCAGCUGUGGUUUGGUUUUCUUUGGUUUUUGUUUUUCGCAGCCCUGGGGAUUGAACCGGGGCUUUCUCACUGCUACAUCCACAGCACCACCAGCCCGGGUUUUUUGUUUUUUAAUUUUGAAACAAAGCCUCACUGAGUUGUCCAGGCUGGGCUCGAACGGGAUCCUCCUGCCUCAGCCCCCUAGAGUGGUGGGAUGACAGGCAUGCACUACCACACCCAGCGGAAGCCCACGUUUUAAGCUCUUGCACUUGCACGCCUGGCCCAGAUCAUCUGACCUGGAGGGCGUUGUUAAAUGUGGGCGGGGCGGCAGCCAACGCGUCAUCAGAGGGGCACUUUUGGUCCCCACUCUGGGAACCUGGAGCUCAGCCAGAAGGGUCCCCGUGUCUGGUGUGUCCCACUCUGGUGUCAGCGUCCGGUGCCAGCGUGUGUCCCCUAGGGCUGGUGCAGCUCCGCCACAGAGGCCUCCCCGGGCCGUCCAGGUGUGAGGGAGGCGUGGGUGCUGUCCCCGGCAGGAGUGCCUGUGUGUGGCAGCGACACCAGCCUUCCCCUCCGUGCCUGCCGUUCUCCAGCUCCCUCGCGUAAGGACACCUGUCCUGGGCUCCCCCACGUGCCCGGACGACCUUGGGAUCUGUAAUAACCUUGUCCAAGUCAAGCCACGUUCCGAGCUUCCAGAGGUGUCGAGGGGACACAGCACCUCCACCCAAGGCAGCCACAGCCUGGUGGUGACACCUGACCCAGUCCUGGGACUCUGCACCCUCCGUCGCGUCCCUGGGUGGACAGUGCGCCUGCAUCAGGGGCUCUUGAGCACCCGUGUGGUUUUCACAUUAAGGAUCCUCUACUCCUACCCAAUAAAGGCGCUUUUUGUUUUGUU